AUGGGAUUUCAAGAAAAGCAUAAUCAAGAGAGUUGCAAAGAAAAUAGAUGUGAAUUGCUUGCCAUUUUAAUGGAUUUCUUUUCGACAUUUUCACUUGAAUCUAGGUAUAAUCUUCAAUUACGAAAUACCCCAGAAAUUUUUUCAAAUGAACUUCACGGGUCGUGCGGUCAUCUCAAGAAAUCACAAACCUUAACAAAUUCCUAA